AUGGACUCUAAGAAGGUGCUUACUGAUGCUAGUCUAACCGAUGACCUAGUGGUGAAAAUCCUUUCUCGGGUGCCUUUCAAGUCCUUUUGCCGCUUCAAAUGUGUUUGCAAGGCCUGGCUUGCCUUCUCCUCGGACCCACACUACCGCCAUAAACUGCCAAAAAUUCCCACCGGUCUUUUUCAUGGAUGCAAAGGUGGGUCUGUUGCCCAGCUUGUUAGUCUGUCACGAAAUGAUGAGGAAAUUGAUGGAGGUCUUACGUUCUUGCCGCACCGUGAACAUUUAAAAUUUGUGGAUUGCUGCAAUGGCCUAGUUCUUUGUAAGUAUAAGAGCAACUGUAUUCCUCCAAAUAUUUGCCGCUUCAUCGUGUGCAACCCUGCAACACGAGAGUGGAGGACGCUUCCUGAUACUCACCCUGACCCUUACACAAUGGAUUACACAUAUAAAGCUUUUUUGGCCUUCGAUCCAUCAUGGUCAGCACAGUUCUAUGUCUUCAACUUUCAGGAGAAGUUUGACGAAAUGCCAAUUGGCAUCAACAAACUUGAGGUGUUCUCGUCUGACCUAUCCACUUGGAUUGUGGAUGCUGCAUGGAGUUCGCGGUUAUUGCAGUGUGCAUUUCCAGGGGAGAGCAGUGAUACAGCUGAAGUUUUCAGUCUUGAUGCUCACCAUUCUUAUGAGUGGUCUUUGAAGCGUCGUGUUAGUCUGAGAGAUGCACUUGGAAGGGAUGUCUUCUUUCACAAUGAUGAAUGGCCGCGUCGGCUUGGUUAUCGGAUUGCCGCUCUUGAUUUGGAAAGAGGGGUCAUCAUCCUUGUUGACAAGGAACAAAUGAAGCUUUUGUCAUACAACAUCAACACUGGGAAACUUAGAAAGAUCCAGGAUGAUUGCCGUACUACUACUGACUACCGUUAUUAUGUGGCAUGCUACUCAAAACUUCCAGGCUGA